UAUGUAAUAACUUUUGUUUCGCCCAUUGUUCCAAGUUCAUUUAGCCCAAAGAAAAUGUCCUUGCUGAGGCAAAUUGUUCAGGCCACCAAGCACACUCAACACUGGUCUCCAGUGUUGAGCCGCGGCAUGGCCUCAAUGCGCGACACCCCCGUCAUUGAUGUGGAUACAGCUUUGGCCAAGCCCGAAGAUCUGGAACAAAAAAACAAAUUGCAAGGUACCAUUACUGUGCCCGUCAAAGUUGACAUCAGCCCCAUUACCGGUGUACCCGAGGAACAUGUUAAGACACGUCGUGUACGCAUCUAUAUGCCACCCAAGAAUGCCAUGCAAAGUGGCACCAACAAUUUGCAAACCUGGCAAAUUGAUUUCGAUAAUCGUGAACGUUGGGAAAAUCCCUUGAUGGGUUGGACUUCAACUGGCGAUCCAUUGUCCAAUAUGCAUGUCAACUUUUCUUCACCCGAAGAGGCCAUUACCUUCUGUGAAAGAAACGGCUGGCGUUGGUUUAUUGAACGUCCCGACAAACCCAAAACUGAACGUGUCAAGAAUUAUGGCAUUAACUUUGCCUGGAACAAACGUACCCGUGUCUCUACUAAGUAAAUUGU